CAGAAUUGAGAAACUAUUCACGCCGUAACUAUUCAGGUAGCUAUGGAGCCAUCGCUGGCGUCAGGCCCCCAUCGCAGACGCCGUGACGGCAUAGUGCCGCAUUUUUUUGGGUGCCUCGUUCUCUUCUUUACCAUUUGUGCAUCAAAUGUACUCUGUUUUCGUGUGAAACCUUGUAUUGCGCGGGAUACCAGUCGAGAUGUUCGACGAGCAUGCAGGCGACCGACCCCCUCAAGAGGAGGUGGUGAAGAUGUGGAUAGGAUGGACGCAUUAAAAACAGCUGGAAUGGUCGCUACUGCAGGAGGACUAGCCAUCGGUGGUCUACCCAAUCUGGUCGAGGCUAAAAAGAUUAUAAAUUUGGAAGAAGCUCGGGAGCUGGGGGAAAAGAAAAUGAUAGAUAUUGAAAAAGCGAAGGGGCCCUUGAUCAAGGUGCGGGACAACGUCAAAUAUCGGGAAGAACUCAUCGGUAAGGGCGACAUUUUCAAAGCGGGGGACCUGGUCAAGAUCCGCUACCAAGUGUACAAGGGCAACGGAGACUACAUGUUCAGCACGGGGUACGGCCGCGAGUUCCAGAACGACGUAGGCGACACCUACGAUUUCACUUUUGGUCGGCCCAACUCCAUCCCUAAAGGCGCCGAGAUCGGUAUGGAGGGCAUGCGCGUGGGCGGCAAACGCAAGAUCUCCGUCCCUCCCGAGCUAGGAUGGCAGACAUCUGGCGGUUUCCCGGAACCCCAAACCUUCGGGGGAAAAAGAAAAUUGCUGAAUCACAUGAACGAGUUCUUGCAGUUCGAGGUGGAGGUGAUCCGUGUUCGGCCAAAGAAGACGUGAAGAGGGAUGGAAAGUCCGUCUGGAGCGUAAUUUGGCAGCUUUACGGGGGCACGCACAUCUAUGUUUUCGAACGAAGGAUUGCAAAUCAGGUAGCGAUAAGUUAGUGAAUUGACAAAGAAUUACUGACGAGUAAUGAGAAA